CCAGCUACUUGUGGGCUAAAGCUGCCCACUUUAAUUGCAACAUCAUAGCUUAACACUAAAGAGAACUUCACUCCUCAAAAACGACUUUCUAGAGAAACAUCAUGACCUUCUUUCUUCUGCUGGGGGCUCUGCUACCACAAGUGACCCUAACAGCGUAUGUAAAUGUGGGUAUAGUGAACGGUACAGAAGCAAAGGCACAUUCAAGACCCUACAUGGUUUCUGUUCAGAGAAAUAAGCAACACAUGUGCGGCGGCUUCCUCGUGUCUGAACAGUUUGUCAUAACGGCUGCACACUGCUUUAAAGACUUUAAGAUGACGGUUGUGGUUGGAGCUCAUGAUCACAGACACGGUUCUGACCACAUAGCUGUGAAGUUCUUCCACAUCCAUCCUGGAUAUGACUCAAAAGCUCUGAUAAAUGACAUCAUGAUACUUCAGCUCAAUGGAACAACCAAAAACAGAAAAAACGCCAAACCCAUCUCCAUACCAAAUAAAGAACAGGACAUCAAGGCCAAGUCUAAAUGCAGUGUUGCAGGCUGGGGAGCAACAACCAGCAACGGUUCUGGAACUGAUCGUCUUAUGGAGGUUGAUGUCACCGUCAUUGACACGAAAGCAUGUCAGAAGAAAUGGAAUGAAAGAUCCUCAAGGAUAGUAUGUGCACUUAGUCCUGGAGGAUUUUGUCAGGGAGAUUCUGGAGGUCCUCUGGUGUGUAAUGGCACUGCUGUUGGUGUCGUUUCAUUCUACGAGAAAAACAACUGCGACAAACCAACAAGGCCAAACGUCUACACCAAGAUUUCCUCAUUUCUGCCCUGGAUUAAAGCUAUAAUAGUAUGAACUAAGAGCUUGGCUAAUAAAGUGUAUUACAUUGCCGUGUGUAUACAAAUAAACUUGCCUUUUCAUCAGCA